UUGGUAUACAGCCACACCUGUUUUGCCACCAGGACCUUCCAACUUCCCAGUUGGCUGUGUCUGUUGUUUAUUUAUUUAUUUACGUGCUCCUCUUCUAUCUCCAAGACAUGAUCCGGCGAGGAAGGGCCGAGGGGUGGUUGCGAGAACGCAUAGAGGGUCUGCCUCGAUGGGCCAAUUUCAAUGGCAUACGUUUCGCAGGGAUCAAGAUCGGUCCAUUGCCGGGCUUCGAGGAGAGGGGUUCAACUGUCAUAUCCAGUAGCAAACUGGUCAGCGGUGAGGCGGGCGCUUUGCUGACGGUCCCUAAAGAAUUGAUCCUGUCCCGUCAAAAUAUCGAAUUGUUUGCCAAAUCCGACCAUCAUCUCCGUGAACUUCUUCAAUCUCUCGACGAUUUCGGGAGGACCACCCGAGGCGCUGUGUUAAUCUUCCUUCUUUUGCAAGCUACCAUCUGCUGUCCCGAUGUUAGCAACGUAGGCGUUCAUAACCCACUCACGGAAUAUAUCAAGUUUCUGCCUGAUGAACUACUGCCGACAUUCUGGACUGAAGAAGAGAAGGAUCUUUUGGCCGGUACUACGCUUGAACCAGCAGUGCGAGCAAAGCUUAACAGCUUGCUUCGCGAAUUCGAAUCUGUCCGGACUGCUACAGCGGGUAUACGCUGGUGUGCACAGCACUGGUGGGAUGAAGACGUUGGUUUAGUGACAUUUGAUGAUUGGAUGAGACUCGAUGCCAUGUAUCGCUCAAGAGCACUGGAGUUUCCUGGUGUGGGUGAUGCUAUGGUGCCAGGUAUCGAUAUGGCGAACCAUGCUUCUGGUGAGGCUACUGCUGCGCUCUACGAGACGGAUGGCGACGGCAACGGGGUCCUGCUUCUUCGCGACGGCAAAGAGAUACAUCCAGGCGGAGAAGUGACUAUCACGUACGGAGAUGAGAAGGGGGCGUGUGAGAGUAUUUUCUCAUAUGGGUUUCUUGAGGACUCCCUGGACUCGGCAAAAGUCAUGUUCCUCGAUCUCAAAAUCCCAGAUGAUGAUCCAUUGGCGCCAGCCAAGGCAUACGUCAAUAAUGCAGCACCAGGCUUCCGGCUGUUUGACAAAGACGGCCGGAUUGAAUGGGAAAGCGAUUUCAUUUGGCUGGUGAUUAUCAACGAAGAAGAUGGGUUGGACUUUAAGGUCAAACAGACCAUAGAUGGCAAAAGGGAAGUGCAGUGUUUCUGGAACGAGCAAGAACUCGGCGGCGUACUCAAGCUGCAUGAGCAGCUCAAGGAAACUGCCUUUUGGGAUGUGUUUCAACUUCGCGCCACUGUUCUCGUACAGAAUCGGGUCGAGGAACAGAUAGAUGCGCUUCGGGCUACAGGCGACCCUGUUACUACUGCCACAGUUCGAUAUGGCCCACAGGAGCUCGCAAGCAAGCUCCGUGCACUAGAGCUAAGCAUGCUGCAGAAAGCAAUGAAGACUCUUGAUAACGAGAAAGCGAAACUGCUCGAUAGUGAAACGGUACAACGCUACCUCGGGCUCAUUGAAUCAGAGGAUGAAGGGGCGGAGCAAGAAGAGGUCGAUUUCACUUGAA